GUGUACCCGGGUGUUAACGCGCAUAACCAUCAGCAUCUAUUCUGUCUGCGCCUGGAUCCCAACAUCGACGGGCCAAACAACACCGUGUUCCAGGUCGAUGCGACACGCGGCCCUGGUGAAGCUGGAAGCGCAGAGAACAAAUACGGUAAUGCAUUCUUUGCGAAGAAGACGAAGUACACCACGCCGCGCGAGGCAAUGUCCGAUUAUGACGGAAAUACCGGGCGUACCUGGGAAAUUGCCAACACGAACAAGUUGAACGAAUACAGCAAGAAACCCGUGUGCUAUAAGCUGGUCAGUCGCGAGGUUCCGCCGUUCCUCCCCAAGCCGGGUGGUUUGGCUUGGAAGCGAGCUGGAUUCGCCAGACACGCUGUACAUGUUACCAAGUACUCCGACGAACAACUUUACCCCGCCGGCCGCCACGUUCCCCAAACCUCCGGCGACCCCUCGCAAGGCCUCCCCGCCUGGAUCGAAGAAGCCGAAGCCUCAUCAUCCAACAGCAUCGACAACACCGACAUCGUCCUCUGGCACACCUUUGGCCUGACCCAUUUCCCAUCCCCUGAAGAUUUCCCAAUCAUGCCCGCAGAACCGAUGACCGUGUUGCUAAGGCCGAGAAACUUCUUCACGAGGAACCCGGCGUUGGAUGUACCGCCCAGUUUUGCGAGGACACCGUCGCAGGCUGCGAAGGGGGUGGAUGCGUGUGGGUGUAAGAAGAGGAGUGAGGGGGAAAGCGUGUUGGUUUAG